AUGGAGCUCCCACAUUUGCUGCAGAAGCAGUCGGAGCCAGAACAUGAAACUGUCAAGAGUCAACAGUACAUCCAGGUCAAAUAUCAGGUUCGAAGGCUGAAGGUGGCUUGCGUUUCCAUCCCUGAAGCUGGGCAUUUGGUGCCCACCGUCCAGGUGGCCAAGGCUCUGGCUUAUCGGGGACAUGAAGCGUACCUUGUGACCAUGGACAGCGCUGCCAGCAAGUUUGCCAAGGGCUGCGAGGCUGUAAAUUGCCGCUUCAGAGGUUUGGCCAAAGGCCUGGCUGGCUCAGAUGCAGGGCAUGGGCCAAUUGCAGAACUCAUGUCGAAAGGCUUGGUGGCUCAGGCUUUUUCGCAAUACAAUCACCUGAUGCAUCAGGAGCUGCUAGACUUGCUGCGGGAUGAGGGGCCCUUUGACAUGGUGCUGGCGGACUUUGCCACCAUGUCUGCUAUCCAGGUAGCAGAGGAAUUGAGCAUCCCUUGCGUCAUCAAUGUGCCAGGACCAGCAGAGCUUCUCAAGCACUUGAGUAUGUGGUUGGCAAUUCCCUUCUGCAGCGCUGUGUUCUUGGCCACCCGAAGCGUCCUGGAAACAAGACUCAUUUACAAAAUGUUCCUCGGGUUGAUCCCUGCAAUGAAACGUCAUGUGUGUUUGGUGAACAGUUUCUUCGGCCUGGAUGUGCCUUGCGCGCUGCCUGCCAACGUGAUCCUAACGGGUUCUACGGCUGUGCGGCCUGGAAAGGAAAGAAUUGCAUUGAAAGAAACUUCAGAUGAGAAAAUGAACGCAUGGUUGCAGCAGGUUCGAGCAGAAGGCCUUCGUAUUGUGUAUGUGACUAUGGGUAGCAUGCAAGUGCUCGAACAGUUCCAAUUGGAGGCACUCUUCUAUGGCCUCAAAUCUUUGACGCCCAAAGUUGCUGUAGCGUGGUCUUUGAAAGAAGAACAGCACCAGCAACUGCCUGGUGGCAUUGAAGCGUUGCCAUCGCAUUUUUUUGUGCAGAAAUGGCUGCCGCAAGGCAAAGCUGGGAAGGGACGGGCUCCAGGCAGCAUUUCAUCAGCUCCAGCUUGGAUUGAGUGA